AACCACAUCCUCUGCUUAGCUUUUAAUUCUCACCUCAUCCUGCCAUCACCAUGACAGCCGUGUCAAUACUUCCGCCUGCGAACUGGUGGUGUGUGACAUCCCAGAAAGCAUCAGCGUGGCAGAGAUCGUCUACGCAAAAGAGGAAAUCAUGGAGGAAAGAGGAAGACAUGAGAUGAGAAGCAUUGAGAAGAUAAUAAAGAUGAGUCCAGUGUCUCUAUUGCUGUGGCUUGUUCAGCUUUUAUCAGCUUGUGCUAUUCAGCACAAUACAACAUCCACGGAUGGCCAGGACGAAGUCACAAGUAACCCACAGCUAACCAUUGAAUAUAAGAAGAUUCAUGCAGUUACUGCAACAACAGUGUCAUCACCUGUAGAAGAGUUCCUAACAAAAUGGACUCGAGAUUCAACGUCCACCAUGCAACCAUCAGUAACAAAACUUCAUGCUAAUACAGCGGAAGCCCAGAGAAGUUCCGCGAAUGCAGAGGGAUUGGAGAAAUCAAGUAACACAACAAGCCACCCUGACCACAGAUUUGUGAGUCCUAUCUUCUUCAAUUCUACAAGAACAGCAAAGAAAAACAUAGAAACAGGAACCAGGUCUACUCUUUUUACCACGGGAUUCAAAACUGACCGCUUCACAAGUCAAAAAAUGGUUUAUACAGAUCAAGCAAAUGAUGUAAACAACUGGGAAAGUGGAACGUCCCUUCAGACGAAAAACACAGUCCAAACAACUGACUGGAUAGAGGAAAGAAGUGAGGCAACAGGGUCACAAAUUGAAGCUGAUGGCACCACAUUGUCACUUGAUAACUUGAGAAACAAGUCUGAAGAGACACAGAGUGAUAAGGGAAGUUACAAUUUGACAUUUGCUCAACAUAGUCAGGCACACACCACAGCAGCUCUUGCCACAACACCAUAUAAAGUGGACAGCAAAACAAGUCUUGCUAACAGCACCACUGGGUACACCAAUGUUCUACGUUCUUCAAAGCAUGGUGUGGGUGGUGAACUUACCACAGGUUAUUAUGUUGAAACAACAGAGGUGGUCAGUGCGACACAAGCCACAUCUUCCAAAAGCGAAUCUAUAUCUUCUGCUUCUUUGCUGAGUACAGAAGAACCCCUGGUGUCUAGCAGAAGUAUGAACACAGUUUCAGCAGUAUCUCCAGGCUCUGGUACAGAUCAGACGACAAAAGAGAAUGUAACCACGACUACACACAGUGUCAUAGAUACCACCUGGAAAGACAGUCCCACCAUGCAAAACACAGAAAGACUCUCAGCCUCUUCAUUAACUAGCGAAGGAAGUUACAACUUCACAUCAAUGGAACAACAAGAUCAAACCACAGUAAAUUACAACCCAACAAACACUGAGCUGGACAAGUAUGAUGGAAACCACACAACUCCUGGCAACAGCACAGUUGGGAUGAUAAAUGCUUCAUCAAAGAAUGACUUAGAUGGCCAAAUGACGACUGGAUACUACAUCACAACACCCGUUACGCAAUUCACGCCUUCAGAAGGCAAAAACAUAUCGAUGCGGAACAUGGAAGAACAUCCAGUCUCCACCACAAGUGCAAACACAGCCGUUUUAGAAACAUCUUCUCAAAGCACCACAAGAAACGUGUCCAGUGUCUCAUACUCAACUGGUAGAGACAGAAUGACUAGAACUGAGGCCACAACCACACCCAGUCUUUCACACUCAACAGCUUUUCCAGUCAAUAUUACUACAACACCAAAUGACACACAGGUCACUAAUAGGAACGUGUCCAGAGAGACAGAUCAGCCAGUAUGGACGAACUGUUUCAGCAACGAAUCGUCAUCCAAAACUCAACGCUCAUCUAAGCUAAUCUGUUUCAUCACACUGUGGUGCCUGGGCAUGACUGCUUCCAUCUUCUUAGGCCUCACUGUGUUCCUAUGGGUACGACUGUCUGUAGUGAGAAAGGAGGCAAAAAGAAAGUACAAGGGUGUUAAGUCCACAGGUAAAGAGAGACAGAGUCUGUGGGCUACAAACACUACGCUUGCAGAAGAAAGAGUGGAAUUCUGGUAUGCCAAUGGAUCCACGCUGGAGGCAGACAAGAAAGCAAGGGAACAAGAAAGGGCAAAAAGGAAUGGUAAUGGUAAAAAUGAAGGGAAAGGUGGUGAUAUGUGGAUUCAGCCAAAGGUGACACCGCAGGACAUUGCUGAGUUCUGGUACGCAAAUGGACGAGAGAGAAAUGAGGACAGGAUGGAGACGCAACGAGAAGAUAGUUACCUAUAGAACAAAAGUGGACAUUAUUAAAUGUCCACCUGAAGAAAUUAAAUAUCUACUGUAGAUAGAGACUGUGUGUGUUGGGAGACAAAAAGAGAGACAGCAAUUGAUAUAUAUAUGUCAUUCACAUACAAUAAUUGACCAUAGACAACAAUUCAUAAUGUACAAAAAAGACAUACAUAUUAGCUAUCAUUUUUCUGUUUUCUCUGUUUGAAUGUAAAGCACAUCAUGGCCCUGGCUUAAAACUUGCAUAUACAAAAAUUCACUAACUAAUUUACUCAUCUUCAGCAGUUUUUACCUAAAACGCUUUUGGUCCUUUGCAUCAAUGACACUGUGUGUCUUUGUUUACCAGAUUUAAUUGAAAAAUGCUGAAAUAUUCUAAAAAGUACAUUAUGUUUAUGUUUUUUUUUUAUCUAUUUCCAUCACAGAUUGUUUCAGUGUUAAUGUUAACAUAACCAUUUAAUUCUCAGAAAAUGUAUAGACAUUAUUUUACUGAGUAAAAUAAUGUACAAUUUUGUACGUUUUUGUAACUAGAUUUCUUAAUGCUUAAUACUGUAUUUAUUUGAUGUAGGAAAUCCAGUGCAAAUAUGUAUGUAUUUAUAUAUACAGGUAGAAAUGUUCAUGUUUUUAAUUAUGUUACUUUUUAAGACAAAAACAUGAGUUGCACUGCUUUAUUUCACAAAUGCUUUCUCCACUGGCUGCUGGGAAGAUUCUUGGUUUAAAGGGGUUAAACUUGGGUAAGAUUUUCAGUUUUUUUCCAGUAUAAAGAUUUGUUCAACUUGCAAUGCCGGGAUAUACUGUAUUCUUGUGUCCUCACACAUAGAGAGUCAUUUUUUAAAGUGUAUGUAUCUUGGUUUAAUAAACUAACUUUGAAAUACUCCA